AUAUCAGAAGCUUCAAAGAAGGCGUGUAGCUGUAAUUUAAAGGACAGCAAUGCUGGCCCACCACAGCUGGCUGUUGGUCUUCCAUCCAUAAAAGAUGUUACAACAACAUUGAAACAACCUGAUCUACCCGUUGAUGUUCUACUGUUAACCGUUAAGGACUGUGAGUUCUUAUCCUGUUACAAUGAGCUAAAAGAUCGUUACAGAUAUUAUUACAAGGAUGUUGGAUACGUUUACUUCAACAACGUUCAAAGUCAUGAAGAGAAAGUAAAAGUUGCUCUGCUAAGAUGCAGUGAAGGUUCCAUUGGUCCAAGCAGCUCUCUGAUUACGGCUAAGGAUGCCGCCCUUAUUUUACAACCCAAGGCCGUGAUAUCUGUUGGAGCAUGCAGUGGUCUCAAUCCUGAUAAAACUAAGUUAGGAGACGUUGUUGUAUCAGCCAAACUAACAACAUAUGCAUCCAAAGUGGUGACAAGCGACCAAGAGCAGUCAGCUGGCAUGAGUAGUCACGUGAGUAGGCUUUUCUCAAAAAUAAUCUCGAACUGCGCUAAUGGAUGGCAGGCACCUUUAAAGAACCCAGAAGAUCGUCAGGUCAAAGUUCACUGCAAUGGCGAGUUCUUAAGUGGCCCAGAGGAGAUCAGAGCUCAAUGGCGUCGAAAGGAACUUGCCGACCGCCACCCCCUCGCGGCAGUAGUAGAGAUGGAGGGCGAAGGUGAGUGCAUGUCACGUUAGCUUUGAACAAUAGCGUUCUUAUACAGCUAUCUCAAUUAAGUUUGUCGUAUAAAGGCUUCAAGCCUACGCCUAGGCUGCGAGUAAGCUCUCCAUUUAGGGGAUAUCGUGAAAAGUAGACGCGUGAGAGGCACGCGCGAGAAAAGGGGGCGGCCCCUCGCGAGUCGCUUCGCUCGCCCAAAUAGGAGAGCUUGCUCGUACGUAGGCUAGCCUACGCCACAAGGACACAAGGUUUUGUUGGUAGUUUUAGAUCCUUCCGUUGUAAUUUGGUCAUAAAGGUGCGACUAACAGUACCAUAGAGUGCUUUAAAAAGGCGCAGACGUUUACCUUCAUGGCUGGGAUUGAUUAAUAUUUCAGUAUAAAAUACCCUGGAGUCCAGUUUUGAGUUCGUUAUGUCCGCUGAAUAAAAGAAGUGGAGACGCAAUUUUUACAGGGUUAGCCUCCACCAGAAGUAAUUAUAUUCACAAAUUCCAACGAGAAGUACCUGUUUAUUACUCUGUUUAUUGUGUAUUCUCAUAUUUACACUCACUUGCCGAAAUUUGUGAAUAUUUUACUUUAUGCCGAGGCCAACGCUGCUUGAAUGUGUCGUUAAUGUUUGUAAGUUAGCGGUAAUUUUUAAUUCGAAAAAUGACUUUUAGCCGUUUUGCUUUGCAGUCUCAACAGGUAGGCUUUUUGACACCUGUUGAUGUUGUGGGAUACAUGCAUAACGAAAAGAUUUUGAAAGAGGAUUGCAGGCGCCAUUUUUUUAAGAAUGAAGGGAGGAUGCGCGCGUACGACCGGAGAAAAGGCGUGAAGGCCGUCCUCUUCCCGGCCUUCCCGUGUUUUUUUCUCGCGUGCUCUAAACAAAACGGACCAAAAAAACUAUCUGGCGCCUGGCACGUAGGCUAUUGAAAGAGCGACGAAAAUAUUUAUUUUGAAUAAGCACAUCGUAAUUACUUUAAGUAUUAGCGGUUGGAUUUAUUGGAUAUUGGAUUUUUAGGUGUUUACACACUUGACUGCAAUAACUGAUAUACACUUGGCGCCAUUUUCCCGCAACAGUUAUAGAGUAAAAUUAAACAGGAGGCGCACAUGUAAUCGCUAAAAAAAGGGGGAACAUUUGUCUCUGUUGUUUUAAGUCUGAUUUGGGAUAGUCUGAAGACCUUCGACACAAACAGCUUUUGAUGAAAAGUUCGGAGCUUUAUAGCUCCAAACUUGCAUAUACCUUAACGGAACUUCAACGGAAUUUUCGCUUAUAACAAUAACGUUAUUGAAUAAAACAUAUUCAUUAUAAGAAAGAUUGCAGUUAGCAAAUCAAAAGAAACGACGUGAAAGUCAUAAUCUGUCGUACUUGGCUGUCGUCGGGGUCUUGCAUCUCUUGAUUUGGCGUUUUCUUGUCUCUGAUUGGUUUACUUCCAGGUUGUAAUCAGAAAGACAUUUUUGUGAAAGUUAGUAAAAUCGUCAAAAAUUAUUGGAAAGUAAAGAUUUACACGUGCGUUUAUACGCAAGGCAAUUAAUUUUUUAGUUUCUUUAAUUCGCAGGAGUUGAUUUCCUAAAAGAAUAUACUUCCUAAUUGUAUUCCAUUUUUCAGGUGUUUUUACAGCUGCAUUUGAUUCUCAACUCGAGUGGCUCAUUGUUAAAGGAAUAGCUGAUUUUGCGGAUGGUGAGCAAGCGACUGCAGAAAGUUGGGAUGCUUUUGCUAGUGUGAUGGCAGCAUCUCUUGUCUCACACAUUUUAAGUGAUCCUUGUGUUUUCAGCACUUGGCCUCAUUACUCAGGUAUAAAUUCUUGUCAGUUUGGUGUGUGA